UUCCACCGUAUUCGCGUCCACAGCCCUCGUGGCAUGCAAGGACGGAUACGUGAUCGGCAACGUCACGCGGCAAGGGAACAUGGAAUGCCAAGCGGAUGGCUCUUGGAAACCUUCAAUAACUUGCACAUUAUACGACUGCGGUUCACCACCAGUUCCGCAAAACGCAAAUGUUCAGCUAUAUGGAAAGGUUACCUAUGGAACGCUUGCUGCGUUAUCGUGCAAAACAGGGUACAAACCUCAAAGCACCAACUACAUUGUUUGUCUCGUCGGCGGUUGGACACCAAGUAGUCUCACGUGUCAGAUAAAAACAUGUCCGGAUGUACCAGUCCUGCCGAACGGUGAGGUGACACUCACUACCGGAGAAAUCACGUACAACUCCACCGCCACUCUGCGGUGUAAAAGCGGCUACGUUGUAUCGGGGCCAAAUGUGUCCGUCUGUCAAGAGAUUGUGGAGCCGUUCCUGUUAUUCCGAAUGGAAUCAUCACAGCUCUCACCGGAAACUAGUGCACCAACAUCUAGCACUGAACAAACCACUGCUACUUCCAGUGAACCAACAUCUAGCACUGAACAAACCACUACUACUAGUGCACCAGCAUCUAGCGCUGAAACUAGUGCAUCAACAUCUAGCACUGAACAAACCACUGCUACUUCCAGUGAACCGACAUCUAGUACUGAACAAACCACUACUACUAGUGCACCAGCAUCUAGCACUGAAGUUACCACUACUACAAACCCAACCACUACUUCUAGUGCACCAACAUCAAUCACUGAACCAACCACUACUACUAGUUCACCAGCAUCUAUUACAGACCCAACCACUACUACAACAUCUAGCACAGACCCAACCACUCCUACUAGUGCACCAACAUCUAGCACAGACCCAACCACUGCUACUAGUGCACCAACACCUAGCACAGACCCAACCACUACUACAAACCCAAUCGCUUCAACUAGUGCACCAACAUCUAUAACAGACCCAACCACUACUAGUGCACCAGCACCUAGCACAGACCCAACCACUACUACAAGUGCACGAACAUCUAGCACUGAACCAACCUCUACUACAAUAGCACCAAUAUCUAGCACUGAAUCAACCACUACUCCUAGUGCACCAACAUCAAUCACUGAACCAACCACUCUUUCUAAUGCACCAAUAUCAAUCACUGAACCAAUCACUACUACUAGUUCACCAACAUCGAUCACUGAACCAACCACUACUACAAGUGCACCAACA